AUGAUGCACCAAUUUCACUUACACUCUGUCGAAGCCCGAACAGCUCCGGUCAGCCAGGUUGUAGACCUGCUCACCGUUAAUGGGGGCGUGAUAGUACGCAAUCUGAUCGACCAGGAUACACUCGCCCAGGUUUCACGCGAUGUCACUCCGCAUUUCGACAAGUUCUGGGAAGGGGGUAUCUUCACUAGCAAGUCCCGGGUUGUGACCGGGCUUGCAGCCAAGUCCACGGCAUUUAUCGAACACAUCGCGUGUAAUCCACUGUUCUUGGAAGUAUGUGACCGCCUCCUUGCGUCGACCUACACAUGUUGGUAUGGCGAGGAGCAAGUGACUUUCACCUCAGCUCCCCAAAUCAACGCCGCAAUUGCCAUUUCCAACAGUCCGGGCAAUGAAGCGCAGAAGCUGCAUCGUGACGACAUGGGUCUCCAUCAUACUCUCCCGGGGAUCAACCCUGAGGCGUAUACACCGGGCCGCGAUGUCGGGGUUGGACUGUUUGUUGCCGCGACGCGAACCACCAAGGAGAAUGGCGCCACUCGCUUUAUCCCAGGCUCACACUUGUGGGAUACCUCCCACCGCCCCGACGAAGGCUUGACCGUGCCUGUAGAGCUGCAGCCUGGCGACGCGUUCAUCAUGUUGGCCUCCUGCUUCCACGCAGGCUCGGCCAACGUAUCCCAGGAGGAUCGCACAAUCUAUUCGACUUUUCUGACCAAAGGAUUUUUGAGACAAGAAGAGAACCAGUACUUGACGGUGAACAAAGAACAGUUGAAGAAAUACCCUUCAGCUGUAGCGAAGAGACUUGGAUUUACGCCCAGUGAUCCCUUUCAUGGCUGGGUCGAUCUGAAAAGCCCACUGGAGGCAUUGGGUUUAGAAGAUUCCUCAAAGUGA